GUUUGACAUUUACGGAAGCGAUCGAUCGUAUUUUUGCUUGAAAAUUAUUCGCAGCUGGUUGGAUAUCAUCGGAGGAAUUGCUAUUCUAUCCGACGGAAUCAAGAUGAGACUAUCCCUGCUCCGAGCGGCCCGACUGAAUCCGGCAGUGAAGGAACUUCGUCUGCAUCUGUGUCAGACCGGCGAGGCAUCCAAGGGUGUCCGGGAGUUUGUCAGCACACAGUAUGCGGGCCUGAAACGCGAGAACCCCAAGCUGCCGAUUCUGGUUCGCGAAUGCAGCGGUGUACAGCCAAGGCUGUGGGCCAGAUACGAAAUGGGUAAGGAAAAGUCGGUUUCUUUAACCAAUGCUGCCGCUGCGGAUGUUGCUAAACAUAUUGCCGAGUUAGGAAAAUAAUCUAACAACUAGAAAUGCCGGAAAUAGAUUUGUUAUAAAUUAAUAUAAUUCGAAAUAUAACUAUUCGCUCUA